GAAAACCCCAUUUCUUUUCUGUUCUGCUCUCCCCUCUCUUCUUCUCCACACAGCCAGAUAUAUAUAUAUAUAUAUAUAUAUAGAGAGAGAGAGAGAGAGAGAGAGAGAGAGACACACACACACACACAGAAUAUACACGAGCUUUAUAUAUAUACUGUUGAUUUUCUGCAAUUUAAUUUUAAUUAGGCUCAAAGAUGUCGUCGUUUUUCCAGUGUGUUGCCCUACUUUUAGUAGGUCUUGGAUUAUUUGGAGAAGCAGAUGCCCAACUGUAUAGAGUAUACGGCAAUAAGAAGAUUGCUUAUUACACCACCACCGUUGAUAAAUCCGGCCGUGGCGAUUUCACCUCCAUACAAUCUGCCAUCAAUGCUGUUCCUAAAAACAACCGGCACUGGGUUUCUAUCAAGAUCAAGGCUGGCACGUAUAGGGAAAAAGUGACUAUCCCGAGUGAUAAGCCGUACAUAAUUCUCAAAGGAGAAAAUAGGCGCCAAACACAGAUUGUUUGGGGUGAUCAUGACUCACUUGCACAAAGCCCUACUUUCGCCUCUUUCGCUGAUAAUAUCAUUGCCAGAUCCAUCACCUUUGUGAAUUCAUACAACAACCCUGUGAAUAGCAACCCUCAAAUGCCGGCAGUGGCGGCGAUGGUAGCCGGUGACAAGUUGAAAUUUUAUCGAUGUGGUUUCUUUGGGUUGCAAGACACUUUGUGGGAUGUUAGUGGUCGUCACUACUAUAAGCUUUGCACCAUCCAGGGUGCGGUCGAUUUCAUCCUCGGCAGUGGCCAAUCCAUUUUUGAGAAAUGUUCCAUAUCAGUUCUUGGUGGAGCUUUGGGACGUGGUGUGGCGGGUUUUAUCACAGCACAGGGAAGAGACAACCCAAAGGAUCCCAAUGGGUUUGUGUUCAAGGAUUGCAAAGUGACUGGUACUGGUUCAACCUUCUUGGGAAGGCCAUGGAGAGGUUACUCAAGGGUCAUAUUCUACAAUUCCAAUUUCUCAAACGUCGUCGUUCCUGAGGGCUGGGCUCCUUGGAAUAUGGUUGGCCACGAAGAGCAAUUGACGUACGCAGAGCAGGAGUGCUAUGGACCAGGAGCCAACACUUCAAAGCGAGUGAGUUGGGAAAAGAAGCUUAGCAGUGAUACAGUGCAGCAGUUUGCAAGCUUGGAAUUUAUUAAUGCUGAUGGAUGGCUCAGUGACCAGCCAUUCUAAAUUCAUUUUACUUUAAUUUUAUUUAAUUAAAUUUCAGGAGAAGCGUUAUUGCCUGCAUGUCUUGUAAAACACUCUCAAUUUCUCCAUUGUAUUCCAACAUUUCGAAGAUUGCUCGUGAAAUUUCAUGUCAAAUGUGUUCAAUGUUCAAAGAAUUGUUUGCUUGUCCCCAUUUGGAAUUGGAAGUGAUUUAUUCCCCUUCUUCUAUUUUAAA